AUGAAUGCAGAUAGUGUUAUUGGUGAUGGGGUAAAGACGGAGAAGACAACCCCUGCACUUCCUGUAGAUCACCGUUUCUUAGAGCCAGUAAAAGCAGUGAAAACAAUAACUGAUAUGGCCAUUUGGGAGAAAUCUGAAGCUUACAUGGAAUACACAGGUUUUAUUGCUACUUUAAAUGAAGCUAUUAAAGGAAAACCCCUUUCAGUUGAUUGUAAGAUCUCUAGUAAUGUCAGAAAAUUAGAAAAUAUGCUAGAAAAAAUAGAUAAAACCAUAGAUGAUUUUCCACCAAUAGAGCAACCACAGAGAUUUGGCAAUUCUGCAUUCAGAGACUGGUUAACAAAAGUGAAACAGAAUUCUACACAGUUUCUUCAAGAAGCAUUAGAUCUUGAGUUACAUUUAGCUAUUCCUGAAAUAAAAGUAUAUUUAGAGGAAAGCUUCGGUAAUGGCACAAGAAUUGACUAUGGCACCGGUCAUGAAAUGUCAUUUAUUAUGUUCCUUUGUUGUCUUUAUAAAAUUGGAUUUUUAAAUUCUGAAGAUAAUGUUGCUACUGUGUUUUUAAUAUUUAAUAAAUAUAUUCGAAUUGCAAGGAGGUUACAGCAGACAUACAGAAUGGAGCCAGCGGGUAGUCAUGGUGUUUGGAGUUUGGAUGACUACCAAUUUGUACCAUUUAUAUGGGGAAGUUCUCAACUUGUAGAUCAACCAAGAAUAUAUCCUCCAGGCAAAUUUUUGGAUGAUGAUAUUAUUGAUAAAUAUUCUGAUGAGUAUAUGUUCCUCUCCUGUAUUAAGUACAUUAAGGAAGUAAAGAAAGGCCCCUUUGCAGAGCAUUCUAAUCAGUUAUGGAGUAUUAGUGCUGUUGGAUCUUGGACCAAAAUAAACCAAGCACAUUGUGCAAACCUCUUACCGGGGCAUCGGUACACGCGCUGGUGUCCAUCGGGACCUCUUAGAGCUACUCUGGACUCAUCAGAGAAGAGGACGUUCUUCCAUUGCUCCAUGGUCCAGUUCCGUUAUUGU